AUUCACACGCUGCAGUAUUUCCACACUGCGUCCUCUCAAGUUCCAAACUUCCCAGAGGUUGUGAUUGUUGGUUAUGUUGAUGGAGUUGAGAUUAGUUACUAUGACAGCAACAUCAGGAAAACAGAAUCCAAACAGGACUGGAUGAACAAAAUCACAGCAGAGGAUCCAAAAUACUGGCAGAUACAAACAGAGAUCAGUGUUGGUAAUGAGUUCAUUGACAAACACAACCUUGAAGUUCUUAAGAAGCGUUUCAACCAAACUGGAGGUGUUCACAUUGUCCAGUGGAUGUCAGGAUGUGAAUGGAAUGAUGAGACUGAUGAGGUUAAAGGUUGGCAUCAGGAAGGUUAUGAUGGAGAAGAUUUCAUAUCGUUGGACAUGAAGACAUGGACAUAUACUGCAGCAAAACCACAAGCUUUCCCUGACAAACUCAAGUGGGACCAGAACAUAUUUAUACUAGACGACCAGAAGUAUUAUUACACUGAGGAAUGUCCUUCUUACUUGAAGAAGUAUGUGAAGAAUGGGAAGAAGGUCCUAAUGAGAACAGAGCUUCCAGAGGUGUUCCUCCUCCAGAAGACGCCAUCCUCUCCAGUCACCUGCAUGGCGACAGGUUUCUACCCCGACUUAGCCGACCUAUUUUGGAGGAAAGACGGCGAGCAGAUCUUCGAGGACGUGGAGCACGGAGAGCUGCUCCCCAACCACGACGGAACCUUCCAGAUGUCGGUGGAGCUGAAAGUGGAGGUGACGGCCGAGGUGGAGGGCAAGUACGAAUGUGUGUUCCAGCUGUCUGGCGUCAAGGAGGACCUGGUCACCAAGCUGGAGAGAAGAAGCAUCCUGAGCAACGCAAGCCAUGAAGACAACUGGAGCGUCGCCCUCGCUGCCACGGCGGCAGUCAUCGCUGUGGCGGCCGUCCUGGCGGCCAUCAUCAUCGUCAUGGCCAAGCUGGCUGUACACUGUGGCAUUGAACCCAGCAAAACUGGAAAUGCCACAGCACAAGACAACACUAAGAUCCUCCCUAUGACGAAGGACUCGGAGGACAGCAUUCCAGAUGCCUUUGAGGUGGUGCCACCUCAGAACUGUCCCUUCCCGGACAACCGUGUCACAUACAUUGGUGGCUGGGUGGUAUAA